CCAAGGGGAAUUGAGCGGCGCGCAGUGGCCGAUGGGAAUCGUAGUUUCGUUUACCCCCCCUUGGUGUGCAGCCGCGCAUGCUCGAGGAAGGUUAAAGGGAAGGAGAAGAGGGGAUGCUUAGCGGGGUCUGGUAACGGAAUGGUGGGUUCUCGUUUGGGCUGAGAGCAUGGCAGCGCCAGGCUCUGAGUGGCAAGGAUGAGGAGCCGCCGGCUGAUGUACUCCGCUGUCAUGCGCCUCUUCCUAAGGUGCCUGCGGGUAGGUCAGCGGCGCCGGUUCUGGCUGACUCGGCACGUGCGGCAGCAGUGGUGGUACGGGCGUCUCUGUUUGCGAUCUCUAAUCUACAACUCCUUUGCUGAUGGUGACACUGCUCUUGAUGCCCUUUUUGAGCCCAUAUACUGGCUGGUGGAUCACGUCACCCGGUGGUUUGGGGUGGUUUUUGUGGCUCUUGUGAUCACACUAACCAGCUCAGUGGUGUGCAUAGUGUACGUCUGCCUCCUGCCACUCAUCCUUCGCACUUAUCCCAUUGGUUGGAUCUUUUGGCACUUUAUCUAUGGCCACUGGAAUCUCCUUAUGAUUGUCUUCCACUAUUAUAUGGCCAUCACUACUCAGCCUGGUUAUCCCCCACAGCAGUCAAAGAGCGAUGUUGCUGCUGUCUCCAUCUGCAGGAAAUGCAUUGCCCCGAAGCCUGCCCGGACCCACCACUGCAGCAUCUGCAACAGGUGUGUGUUGAAGAUGGAUCAUCAUUGCCCAUGGCUGAACAACUGUGUGGGACACUACAACCAUCGCUACUUCUUCUCCUUCAUGUUGUUCAUGACCAUGGGCUGCAUCUACAGCAGUGUCAGUGGCUGGGAUAUGUUCUGGGAAGCCUACGCUGCCAUUGAGAAAAUGAAACUUCUUGACAAGGAGAGACUGCACGUGACAGCCAAUCAGACUUACUCUCAAACACCACCACCCACCUUCUCCUUCCGCCAGCGAGCUUUCCACAAGAGUAUAGUGUAUGCCUGGGUCCUUUGCAGUUCUGUUGCCUUGGCGCUAGGUGCCCUUAUGCUCUGGCAUUCUGUCCUCAUCACACGUGGUGAGACCAGCAUUGAAAGACACAUCAACCGCAAAGAAAGAAGGAAGAACAAGAUGUUUCGAAAUCCAUACAGCUAUGGUCCUUUGGGCAACUGGAAGGUUUUCCUGGGUGUGGAGACUCAAAGGCACUGGCUUACCCGAGUUCUGCUGCCUUCUGCCCACCCACCCUAUGGUAAUGGUCUGAACUGGGACACUCCAUUCUGUGUUGCUGAACAGAAGAUUCCUCUACUAGCAAUCUGAGUUGGAUGAGAAGCAGAGUGCACCAGCUGGUACAAGACUUGGCCACAGGGUGCUUUCUUUGGGAAACAAACAGGAAGUUCAUUCCCUGAGGAGGAGGUGGCCUAAUGCAGUAGAGUUGAAUCAUCUGAACUGAGCAGAUUGCUCCAGCAGCCUUAGGAGAAAGGCUAAGGAACCUCCAGCUGCAGGCAGCUGAGGUGAGACAGAAAUGUCUUGCCUAUGUCUGUUUUGUGUUUGCACAUAAUCCAGCCAUGUAGGGCAACGUAUUGUUUCUCCUGAACAUGGGUGGAAAGGGAGGCAAGUUCUCUUUUGUCCCUUAAUUCCUGGAGUCUGGUUGGCAUGCCAGAGUCCUGCUGUUCUCCCUCUUGUGUAGACAGGAUUUUUUAAAAAAAACUUUGCAAAUAAAACCAUUUUUAAUAUG